AUGAAGGCGAAGGGCAGGUCGGCUCUGGGGUCGAUGACCAGGGCGCACAAGACGGAGAUCCGAAACGAAACCGCUGCCCACGCCGCCACCGUGUACGGGGAGAGCAUCCAGCCGCAGCUCUUAGGGGCGACGCAGGCGAUUGGGUGCGCGGCAACGUCGCUUGAGAACAUUGCGGUUAAGGAGGUCAGCAGUCGGAGGGCCCUCGUGAACAGCGUCGAAAAACUCUGCGAGGUCUGGUCAGCUUCGGCAGCUCUAAAAUCGGACGACCAGCGGGGCAGCCCUGCCGAAGCUCCUGAAAAAGAGUUCGAGAGGCGGGUCGUGGCCUCCAUUUCGGCAGAAAUUCGGCAAGACAACAAAGAGUACCUUGAAAGUGUUACCCAGACGAUACGCUCCGAGAUGUCGGCACAAGAGAAUGGGGUACAGCGACAACAACCCUCCCGCGCUGCGUGCGGGGUUGGCACUUCUGCACUCCUGAGCGAUGAGAUACGGGCCGAGAUUCGGGCUGAGAUGCGCGCCGUGAUCCGGGAAGAGGUGCCACGAGCUCUCCGCAGCAGCUUCAUCGAGGGAGCGUCGGCAGCUGCAAUAUCUCGUCCGCCAAUCUACAGGUUCUGUUGA